UAAAUAUAAAGAGGAGAAUGGUAAAGGACAAGUGAAGUGGUAGUAUUGAAUUGUUCGUCAGAACACGCGCAGCAAAAUUUCCCAAACUGUGUGCUGAGAAAACUAGAGAGGCAGAGAGCUAAGGCGGUUCCGAGUUGCGUCAGAAAGCGCUUUUAAUUCCUGGAAAAACGACACCCACCACCCAUCUUUGUCGCUGUAUUUAUCUAUCUAUACACACCCACAUAUAUAUAUAGAGCCUUUUAGACCACCGAAACCAUGCGGAGAUUCGUGAUAGGCAGAGCCAGAACACUCUUGGAACGUUCCUCUUCUCGAUAUCAGCAACCAAACAACCCCACUUACUUUCUCUCUUCAUCUUCUUCACGUUUCUUCUCUUCCGAGCCAUCCAUGGAUUCAUCUGAUUCUUCAGAUUUCUCUCUUCCCGUCACCCUUGACUCCCUCAAUCCUAAGGUUCUGAAAUGUGAGUAUGCUGUCCGUGGAGAGAUUGUUUCUAUUGCCCAGCGGUUGCAAGAAGAAUUAAUGACUAAGAAAGGUGCUCUUCCCUUUGAUGAGAUUCUAUACUGCAACAUUGGAAACCCGCAGUCUCUUGGUCAGCAGCCAAUAACAUUUUUCCGAGAGGUUCUUGCACUAUGUGACCAUCCAGCCAUCUUGGACAGAAGUGAAACCCAGGGUUUGUUCAGUGCGGAUGCUAUUGAACGAGCUUGGAAAAUCCUGGAUCAGAUUCCUGGAAGAGCAACUGGUGCUUAUAGUCACAGCCAGGGUAUCAAGGGAUUAAGGGACACAAUUGCGGCUGGAAUUGAAGUUCGUGAUGGUUUUCAUUGUGAUCCUAAUGAUAUUUUCUUAACUGAUGGAGCAAGCCCUGCGGUCCAUAUGAUGAUGCAAUUGCUGAUAAGUUCAGAGGCGGAUGGAAUUCUUUGUCCCAUUCCUCAGUAUCCUCUGUAUUCGGCUUCGAUUGCCCUCCAUGGUGGAACUCUGGUUCCUUAUUAUCUUGAUGAAGCAACAGGAUGGGGAUUGGAACUUUCCGAGGUUAAAAGGCAAUUAGAGGCAGCAAGGUCAAAGGGUGUUACUGUUAGGGCUUUGGUAGUAAUAAAUCCAGGCAACCCAACGGGGCAGGUUCUUGCAGAAGAUAACCAACGGGAAAUUGUGGAGUUCUGUAGGCAAGAAGGUCUUGUUCUUUUGGCAGAUGAGGUCUAUCAAGAGAAUGUUUAUGUUCCUGAGAAGAAAUUUCAUUCAUUUAAGAAGAUUGCUCGGUCCAUGGGAUACGGAGAGAAGGAUAUUUCCUUAGUAUCUUUCCAGUCGGUCUCAAAAGGUUACUAUGGAGAAUGCGGAAAAAGAGGAGGUUACAUGGAGGUCACCGGGUUUACCCCUGAUAUAAGGGAACAAAUAUACAAGGUGGCAUCGGUUAAUCUAUGCUCUAAUAUUUCUGGCCAAAUUCUUGCCAGUCUUGUAAUGAGCCCUCCUAAGGUUGGAGAUGAAUCAUAUGAAUCAUAUCGUGCAGAGAGGGAUGGAAUCCUCUCAUCCUUGGCAAGGCGUGCGAAGACAUUGGAAGACGCAUUCAACAGUUUAGAGGGUGUAACAUGCAACAAAGCAGAAGGGGCAAUGUACCUCUUUCCCCGUAUUCAUCUACCAGAAAAGGCAAUUAAAGCUGCAGAAGCUGCCAAAACAUCCCCAGACGCAUUCUACUGCCGCCGACUUCUCAAUGCCACUGGAAUCGUUGUUGUUCCUGGCUCUGGCUUUGGGCAGGUUCCUGGAACUUUGCAUUUUAGGUGCACCAUACUGCCACAAGAAGACAAGAUUCCUGCUGUUGUGUCACGUCUGACAGACUUCCACAAGAGUUUCAUGGAUGAGUUCCGUGGCUGAGUGAUGAAGGAGCUCAAGAUUGUUUGCAGAAACGUGAAGUGUUCACGUUUUAAGUAGUUAAAGUUAAAUCCUUGUGUAGCGUAGGAUUUUCGUCAGUUGUUUUUUAGCUUUAGUCAAAGAAGCAGAGCUCAGAAGUUCUGUCGAACCCCAUAUAAUAAAUCAUGCCUAUACCGGAUGUCAUAUAAACUCAUCUUGAGAAAGAGCUGAAGAUGAGAUAAUAUCCUUAUUAUGCGGACAUGAUGCUGAAAACUGAAUCUUUGCUUGUGCUAUUUUGUUUAGUCAUUUAUGCUUUUUAUACAGAUGGCAUAUUUUCGUGCAGUUC